AUGGACGCGACGUAUGCGGUAAAUGAGUCCAUACGGGAGACCACAGAUGGGUCCUGGAUACUCGCGGAGAAGCUACUUCUCUCUCGUCAAUCCUCCCCGUCGUCCACUCAACCCUCGUGGAGCGAUGGCGAGAACUCGUUCUUUGUGCUAUCGGAGGCCACCGGUCCGAUGCCUGAAUCGCGUCCCUUGUCCAAUACGAGUAUCAUCCAAAAAGUCUACGAUGCUGGAGCGGCCUCUGCGGUCUGGCGUGUUGGCGAAGCCUUCAUCAAAGUGAAGAAGUUGCUUGUGCCGACGGCUACCCGGGAACAUGUUACAUUGGAAUACCUACACCACCACAAGGCCAGCCUGACUUUUGACAUCCCGCAUGUCCAUUACCACGCUGAGUUUGACGGACGAUACUAUCUCGUUACCAGCAGACUACCCGGACAGACGCUCGGCGAAGCAUGGCCUGGCAUGGAUGAGCGGACAAAGCAACAUUAUGUCGACCGCAUCGCUACCAUAUGCGAGCAACUGGCCGUAUUGAAGGGCGAUAGUAUCACUGGCGUCGAUGGUCAUCAUAUCUCAGACCUCUUUUUGUCCAGAUCUGGAGAGAAUGACUGCGAUCCUCAGCACCUCGUCAACAAUUGCAAGGAUGUGGGCAUGGAUUGCUCCUCUUUUGUCUUCUGUCACUGCGAUCUAGGGCCUGGAAACAUCGUUCUCAACCUUGCAGAAGAUUCGAUUGCGAUACUAGAUUGGGAGAGUGCUGGCUUUGUUCCUAGGGAGUGGGUCCGCACAAAGUUCUCUUUCUGUUCGGGGCUGGAUCUUCCUGUCGAGGAUGAAGACGAACGGGUUGACUAUAGGCGCCGCAUGCUUGGGGGGCUAAAGGCUAUGGGCUCUUUCGAAGUUGCGGAGAAGUGGUGGGCAUGGUACAACGCUGAUCGCGUGGUGGACAGCUAA